AUGCAGCCAAUUUCGUGCGCUGCUGAUGUUGACGCCGUUCGCUUGAGCGACGCGCUUCCAGUCCAUCGCGUUGUUGAACGCAUCAACUAUGCGCUUCUUGGCCGACAGCGGAAUGCGUUUUGGAAUGAAAUGACAGACACGUUUCGCCAUGGGAUGUUUGACAAAGACAAGCAACUGCUCUUGAAUGCGAUUGUGCACAACGCAGACAUUGCCAACCCCGCGCUUGCGACGCCGCUGCAUGCGCGGUGGUCCACGUCGCUCAUGCAAGAGUUCAAUGCCCAAUACGAAGAAGAGAUGAACCAAGCUCGCAUGAACAUUGGGUUCAUCGACCUAUUUUGCUUUCCUCUGUGGCGCCUCAUGGAUGGCUUCUGCUUUCCUCUGUGGCGCCUCAUGGAUGGCUUCCUCCGCGGCCUGGAUGGCUGUGUGGACAACCUACAAGCCAACCGAGCUUACUGGGUUAGGAAUGCCGAAGUUGGCUCAAUUGUAACAUAA